UGACGGGGGAUGCCAUGUGCCAAAUAAAUGUACGAAAUCCGAAUGAAACAAGAGGGCAAGAAACCUUGGAUUGACUCCGAUGCCGUUUCGAUUUGGUCACACAUUUGUUUGAAAUUCCUCCAUUGACCUCGGUUCCUCUCUCUUCCUGAUUUUCCGGUCGCCUAGCCAUUGUCUCGGCGUUCGUCGGCAUGAAGCGGCAAUCCCAGGCCCGGCCCGAACCGGAUCGCCCGGUCCCGACACAACAGCCCUCGUCUCCUGCCUCUCUCCUCGCGUCCGUUUCGACAUCCGGUGCUCAGCGCAAAAUCGCCAUCGCCGUUGAUCUGAGCGAUGAGAGUGCUUAUGCCGUCCGAUGGGCUGCCCAGAACUAUCUCCGCCCUGGAGACACGGUCAUCCUCCUUCACGUGCGUCCCGUGAGCGCUCUCUACGGCGCUGACUGGGGCUCCGGUGAUCUUAACCCGAACGAUGCCGACACUGUCUCCGAAGAGUCGCAGCAAAAGUUGGAGGAAGAUUUCGACAACUUCACGACCACCAAGGCCAGCGACUUGGCUCAACCACUCGUGGAUGCUCAAAUACCUUUCAAAAUUCACAUUGUCAAAGACCAUGACAUGAAGGAGCGGCUUUGCUUAGAAGUCGAGAGAUUGGGACUUAGCGCCGUGAUCAUGGGGAGUCGAGGCUUUGGGGCAACCAAGAGAAGUACGAAGGGUAGGCUCGGGAGUGUCAGUGACUAUUGCGUUCGCCACUGUGUUUGUCCUGUUGUGGUUGUGAGAUACCCGGAUGAGGAGGACCGAAGCAGCGGCGGUAAGUCCGCGGGCAAAGCAAUAGUUGGGGAAGAGGUGGAGCUCUACCCGGUACCUGAGGAGGAGCAUGAGGACCCCGAUGCACCUGAUGAACAGAAAGAUGCUGAAUGAUGGGUCAGAGCAUAUUGACCUCACUUCAAGGGCAGUGCUUGAAUAACUCCUUCAAUUUGUUAGUGAUCAUUUUCUCCUUCCUUGUUUUCUCUUGUUGGCUGUUAUAGACUCCCCUUGACCUUUCUGUCGUAAUUUGUAACGAAAUAUGUAUUUAGCACAUCCUUUUCUGCACUUUUCCCCUGCUGGGAGAAGGAAGGUUUCGGAGGAGCGGUAUUCCAUGUUUACUCUUUGAAUAUUUAGUGUAUUUAUGCAACACAAUUGUAAAAUUUCUAUACAUUUAGUUGAAAUGUCAAGAAGGUCAAGUCCAAAGUUGUAGAUCUUCA